CAAGAGUACUGGGUUAAAAACUGUAUUUGAAAUUGGGUUGGGUUGAAACAACCAAGCAUUUUUUAGAGUUGGGUUCCCCAUCACUACUGUGGAUAAAGGCAACUGAUCAAAUAUUUUGAUCACGUGAUGUUGGGAGAUGUUCAACACCGGAUGAGUGCAAUUCAUCAAGUGUUUAGGAUCAGUUGUGGAAUUACGUUAUGUCUGGUGUUUUACGCUCUCAUUACCCGCACCAUCUGGAUUCUGCAUCACACACGUUUCUGAUGAUUUACGGGAAUCAAAGCCUCUUGAAUGACUCCAUGAGAUAGUGUCAAGAGGAAAAAUCAGCAGAGUAAAGCACACAUGCGCAGAGAGACGCCUGAUGCCAGAGGGUGUGAAUUUAUUUGGGUCUGACCUCCUCACCCCUUUCAGAGGUCAAUACAAAAGGUCGAGCAGUCUUAGUAAAAGUUAUUAGAUAGGCUUAGGGGUUUCUCAAUGUUAAAAUGUUUUAGUAUUAAUGAACGUUAGAUUACAAGAGCGUACUUGAUAAAAAAUAGAUGUUACAGAAAUCACGCUAGUGUCCCUUAUCGCACACGUUCAUCGUGGAGACAUCUGUUUGACAUCUACAAGACGUAUAUUUAGAGCGUUUGCUCAUCUGUGAUGCAUCUGUAGGACGUUUCCUAUCAGAUGUCUAAUAGACGUUUAGAAGAUGUUUAUGAUUUAGAAUGAAUGUAAAACUGACAUCUUAAAGACGUCUGUCACAUGUUUAAAAUUCUUCUUAGAGGAGAAAUUAACCCCCCUAAAAGUUAAAUUCGCUUACUUCCAGACCCCCGACCACACACAGCGACUUCUAGUCUGCGCAUGUGCUAAAGAUCAUAACUGUUGGAACUUAUAUCGUCUUUGCUCGUCAAAUCCUCUUUUGUAAAUCGUGUAUUGGCAAAAGCCCUUGCUAAAUAAUUGCAUGAAUAUCAAACAAAUGCUGACUGCCACUAUGCCUGAUGCUAGACCCCGAGCACCGAUUGGAUGUGUUGCUGCUAAGACUACAUGUUUAUGGCAUCAUUGGCGCGCGCAACCGACUCGAUGCCACACACUGCUCAUAUGUAGCCCAUAAAUGGUGCACGCGACCCCGAAACGCCGCGCGCUUAAAAUGCACCGAAACGCUGUCUACGUGUGUGUCUAACUAGGUUUAGAAACAGAGCCUCGUUUUCAAAUGCACUUUGUGUCUGGAGUUGUGUGUGUGUCAGGGGCACGGUCGAGUUUCUCACCUCGGCUCUCUCUCUCUCUCUCUCAGCGCGCGCGUGUGUGUGUGGCAGUGUGUGUGUGUCUCAGGAGCGGAACUGACCGCUGCUGCAUCUGUGAGUUUCAUUCAGCAUCAGACGACAGGACUAAAUGACACUCGAUCUGGAGUGUCGAUCUGGAGUGGAGUGGAAUUCCUCAGAUCUGUGCUUGAAUGAGGUUUCGCGCUUCAGACGGGAUUCAGAGAUUCAGUGCAUCCCAAAGUGUUUCGUUCCCGGUCCGUGACAGAUGCCAAGCCAAGCAACUCCUCACGAGACAGCGUCGAGAUUUCUGCUUCCCCUGAUGGACGUUUGUGUGGAUUCCUGUGAUUUUAUUGCAGUGAAGCCCCUCUCUGGUUUUCCCCGGGGUCACAGAUGAACUGUAGAGUUAAACUUUGGGAUAAACAUUUACGCCAGCUCAGUUUACUGAUCCUGCCCUGAUCCGGCCCUCAAGAAAAGAUUCCCUCCCGGCUGAUCAUAUGCACGGAUCCGAGCAUCAGGAGAGUUUGAGAGUUGUAUUCAUUCGGUGUCUGUCUGGAACAUGGCACAUCGGAUGGGGAACGGACUGUGACCGCUGAUUCCUCCAGCGGUAGAGACACCACUUCCGAGAAUUGCUCCUGUGAAAGUCGUCUAUCCACUGGACUUUUUCUGUCCGAGUCGUCUUACCAAGAUAAAACACAUGCUCCAGUCUGAAGAGACUUUACGGACAUAUUUGUUUAUUUGACUUCCCCCUCUCUCAACCCAUCUAUCUGGAUACAUUCCUUCCCUUCCCCAUCCCAGAUUCAUCAUUCUCUCCCGUGACAUCAUGAGAAGUUCUUGGAACAUUAUUUCUCUGGUUACUCUGUUUCAUACUCUUCCCUGGGCCUCCAGUCACAGUCCGAACCCAUUCGCCGGGCCUGAAGUGACACCGACGGACCCUUGCUAUGACGAGACGGGCGAUGCCCGCCGAUGUGUCCCAGAGUUCAUCAAUGCAGCGUUCGGCCAAGAGGUCAUUGUGUCGAGCGCAUGCGGCCAGCCACCGUCUCGCUCCUGCAGUAUAGUGGAACGCGACGACCGUCCCGCGGUGCGCACGUGUCAGGUCUGUGACGCAUCGGACCCUCGCCACGCCCACCCUGCCUCCUACCUCACCGACAUAAGCUCCGCCCACAACCUCACCUGCUGGCAGUCGGAGAACUUGCAGGGCUCGCCGCUCAACGUCACGCUCACGCUGUCGCUCGGGAAGAAGUUUGAGAUCACGUACAUCAGCCUUCAGUUCUGUUCCCCACGGCCCGAAUCGCUGGCCAUCUAUAAAAGCAUGGAUUACGGUCGCACUUGGUCGCCUUACCAGUUCUACUCGUCUCAGUGCCGUCGCAUGUACAACCGACCCAACAAAGCAACGAUCACUAAGCAGAACGAGCAGGAAGCUUUAUGCACGGAUGGACACACCGAUCUCUACCCGCUUUCCGGCGGCCUUAUUGCUUUUAGUACACUGGACGGUCGCCCUUCGGGGAAGGAUUUCGACUCAAGCCCUGUUCUGCAAGACUGGGUGACAGUCACAGAUAUUCGAGUGGUCUUCAGUCGCCCACAGCACUCUAGAGCUUUGCCCAUGUCGGGACGCGAGACCAAAGACCCUCUCGGGUCUCCUGGAACCCUGCCUACUUAUUACUACGCGGUUGGUGACUUCCAAGUGGGCGGGAGGUGUAAAUGUAACGGCCACGCCUCCAGGUGCACGCGAGAGAGGGAUGGGAAACUGGUGUGUGAAUGCAAACACAACACAGAGGGUCCGGAGUGUGACCGCUGCAAACCGUUUCACUACGACCGGCCCUGGCAACGCGCGACAGCGAAAGAAGCCAACGAGUGCUUGCCAUGUCAUUGUAACCUGCACGCGCGGCGCUGUCGCUUUAACAUGGAGUUGUAUAAGCUCUCGGGCCGUAAGAGCGGAGGAGUGUGUAUGAACUGCAGACACAAUACCGCCGGACGCCACUGCCAUUACUGCAAAGAGGGAUUCUACAGAGAUAUGGACAAACCCAUCACACACCGCCGAGCCUGCAAAGCAUGUGACUGCUAUCCGGUGGGAGCUGCAGGCAAAACGUGUAACCAGACGACGGGUCAGUGCCCGUGUAAAGACGGGGUGACUGGCAUCACAUGCAACCGCUGUGCUAAAGGGUAUCAGCAGAGCCGAUCGCCCGUCGCCCCAUGCAUUAAAAUCUCUGUUAUAAAGCCGACGGCAGUGAUCAGCACUACAGAGGAGCCUGCAGAUUGUGACUCGUACUGUAAACCACUGAAGGGAAAUCUCAAGAUAAACAUGAAGAAAUACUGCAAAAAGGACUACGCUGUCCAGGUCAGUGUGUUGGACAUGGAGACCGUCGGAGAUUGGGCCAGAUUUUCGGUCAGCCUGGUGUCUGUGUACAAGAGCCGUGGAGAGCCGCUGAAGAGAGGCGAUCACGUGCUGUGGGUCCAUAUGAAGGAUCUGGCCUGCAAAUGUCCGCGGAUACACAUGGGCAAACGCUUCCUCAUCCUGGGCACGAGCGAGGGCAGCGUGACCCCCGAACACCCGGGACUACUGGUCGACAAAAACAGCCUGGUCAUUCAGUGGAGGGACAUUUGGACUCGACGACUGCGCAAGUUCCAGCGCAAAGAGAAGCGAGGCAAGUGCAGCAAAGCAUGAUGGGAUGCCAGGGGACUCUUUAUUAGUGACCACUGUCCUUUGUAUGCGGGAGACUGCGAACAUAUCUGCGUUAUUCGAUGUCGUCCUGUAAAGGGACGUUCUGAUCACACACCACUGAAUCUCACAAACACACACACGCUGCAGUUCCUCUCCAAGCCACAGUUUAAUCAAUCAAUUAUGAAAUACGUCCUCAGAUUACAAAUGAGGGGAACGUUUCUGUCCGCAUCUGGUUCGGUUCUUCUAGUCUCUGUGGCCUUCAUCAGAUGCUCUCUCUGGGGUUCACCACAUGCUGCUCAGUUCACUUCUGAAAACCUUAAAAUCUUCAUCAUCAUCGUCAUCAUCGGUCUGGAUCAUUUCACUUUUGAAGACCUUUUUAAGCACGCUCAUAUCUGUGGGCUGUGUUGUGCAUGUGGAUUAUUUGAUAUUGAAGGAUCUAGUGCAGAAUAGAGUGAAUGUGUGCAUUAGUGUACAGAAACAUACUCAAGCGCAAGUAUGCAAAUGCACGAAAGCUUGGCAUUGGUUUCAUUGUGCAUUUUUGACAUGCUUUUUUGAGUUACUGUGGCAGGAACAAAUGUCUGUCAUUAAAGGGAUAUUUCACCCGAAAUUUUGUCAUCAUUUGCUCACGUCGUUCCAAACUCAAAGUGUGUUACUCUAUUCUGUGGCACGCAAGAAAACUGAGAAGGUUAUUAGUGAAUAAUGACUUUUUAAAGGCUUCAUAUGGCUUUAGAAGACUUGGAUUAUAGUCCAUAGGAGUUGCAUGGAAUACUAUUGUGUGUUUGUUUGUGACGGCCAAAGUUUUCAUAUAUUCUCCUUUUGUUUUCUAUGGAAAAUACUAAUGUAUGAGAUAUGAAUGACAUGAGAUUUGGUGAAGAAGCUGGUAACGGUUGAUUACAAUUUUGGUAUUCUUUUUAAAGGGAUGUGUGUGUGACUCUGGUUUACAAAACCAGUCAUAAGUGUAAAUUUUGAGAUUUUGUAAAUCAUCUGAAAGCUGA